AUGAAUAAAAACGAAAAGAUUCAGUUAUUACGAGAUUCAAUUGCCACUUUUCCUGAUUUUCCUAAACCCGGUGUUCUGUAUCGUGAUAUAUUUGGUAUUUUCCGCAAUAUUUCCGCAGUGAGGGCAAUGAAAGAUUUAAUAGUGGAACAUAUUUUAUUUCUUGAAGUAGAUUUCAUAGUUGGUUUAGAUUCACGAGGUUUUCUUUUUGGACCUAUAAUAUGCAUGGAAUUAGGAAAACCAUUUUUGCCAAUUAGAAAAAAAGGAAAACUCCCAGGAAAGGUUUUUAAUCGUACCUUUAAUUCAGAAUAUGGAGAGGAUACUUUUGAAAUACAAACAGAGCAAAUAAAACAAGGAAGUCGAGUGCUUAUUGUAGAUGAUUUACUAGCAACAGGAGGUACCAUGGAAGCUGCAAUAGAAUUAGUGAAAGCAGUUGGAGGUGAAGUAAUUGAAUGUUUAACAAUAAUUGAAUUAAUUGGAUUAAAGGGAAGAGAAAAACUUAGUGUACCUGUUCACUCAUUUAUUCAAUAUGAUUCUUAA